AUGGCACUCCUUGCUGGUCACCGAUUGGUUGAGUGCAAAUUGAUCGACGGAACGAUCAUUUCGGCCUGGCUCUACGAGGCCGCCGGCCCGGCGCCGGCCAUCAUAAUGUCGCACGGGUUCAACUGCGUCAAGGAGAUGGCACUUCCAGAAGUGGCCGAAGGCUUCCACGCACUAGGGUACAAUGUGUUCUUCUACGACGCACGUAGCGUGGGUAGCAGCGGAGGCUCUCCGCGAAACCUCAUAGACCCUCUGCAGAUGGCCGAGGACCUAUCCGGUGAGAAUCCAUCCCGAGAACAAGACGGUUGCCCAGAAUGCAAAGGCCGAGAGCUCACACUGUCAUUGACCGCAGACAUAUACACCUAUGUAUCACGACUCCCAAGUGUCGAUGCCUCCCGGAUUAUUCUAUGGGGUCUUUCUGUCGGUGCCGUCAUAACCGCCUGCUCGGCAGCCGUAGAUCACCGCCCUCGAGCCGUGGUGAUGAUCUGUCCCCUGUUCAGCUUCAUCCAGCCCCAGAAGCGCCAUGGCGCUUUCGCCCAGGUUAUACAAGACAGGGUAUCUCAGAUGCGUGGCAACAAGCCCCAUGAAAUCGCCCCUUUUACACCUCGAGGCGAUAACCCCAUCGGCAUGGCGGGAGCUGGAGGCGCAGGUGGGCGGGAGUCUUAUGCGUUCAUGCGUCUAGCGAAAGAAAGGGGGGCGGUGGGGUUUCGAGACCGAAUAGCGUUGCAGACAUAUUACAAGUUGGCCUUCUUCAGGCCAGCAGACUACGUAGAUAUGAUUAGUGCACCCGUACUCAUGGUUGUGCCGGAACUGGAUCUUAUGUCGGACCCUGAAGAACAAAUGGCUGCCUUCAAGAGAAUUGAGGCACCCGGUUCGAAGUUGCAUUUUGCGUCCGGAAAGGGUCACCUCAAUGUUGCUACCGGGCAAGGGGGUGUAGAGCUGGUGAAGCUUACAAACGACUUCAUUCAGGGGGUAUUGGAAGGAACAGGAUAG